AUGUCUGGUAAACAGUGUCAAAGACUCGCUCAUAAUCCAAGGUUGCGAGCAGCUGUGUUUUUUAGUCUUUCAGUUGUCUCCAGGUCAUGUUGCAUUGCCCUCAGGCAGUUUGUAUUGUUGUUGCUGCAGGGCUCCACACCAAAUUUGCCGCAGGUGCUUGAUGUUCUUCCAGGCAUUUCAUUGAUCAGGCCCCCCUUUGUGCCAGUCAACACCGCCACCUCUGUCGAAGUGGUUUUUGACAGUCCAACGGUCUUCCAACAUGUCCUUGAAUUGGUGGGCAUGGCUGGAGGUGCAGAGAUCUUUAGGCAGCAGCUACCUGGAGCAGCAGGAGAGCCAAUGAGGUUUGAGAUCGCCACAUCUGAGGUGGGGGUUAUUGACUUCUUUGUGCAAGGGAGUGACUUUGAAGGUAAUGCUGCUGCCGGUCUUCCUGGGCACUUGUGUGUCUUGCCAGAACUAGCUGCAAGAGAUGGAAACAGAAUAUAUGACAAGGUGAUCGAAGCUGCAAGCCAAGAGGGGCAGUUUUUUGGCGAGUAUUCAGGGGUGAGAGAUAAAGGUGGUGUGCGGAAACGCCGCAUGGAAUCAGCUGAGACACAAUCUUUAGGCUGGAAGGAGCGUGACUUGCAGGGCUCUUUGUCACAUGAUCCAUCGUCUGGCUCAAAGGGUUGGUCUGGAUCUGGUUGGUACUACUCUCAUCCAUCUGGAGAAGCGCAGUCACAGUCUCGUCCUGUCAUGUCCAUGAAUUAUCUCACCAGUUCUUGGGCAGACGUCUUCAUUUCAAACCUCGAAGCACAAAAAUGGGCAUGGAAGGAAAACUUGGUGCAGUUCAUUUUGGAGUUGGAGGUUGUGCUGCAGUCUCUAAGGCCACGCACUGGCACUGCACAUGGAUCAUCACGGUGUGCCAUCGUGGGAAUUGUCGAAGGACACGCUCUGAUAUUGGUGCUGGAGAACAUGUUGCGUCACUUGAGGCUCUUUCGGGCUUGGGAGCUCAUGGCCUUUGUUCUGUCAAAGGUGGCUGAUGGCGGCAUUGCUGUUUGCUGGGGUAAAGAAACGCUGUCAGGCGAGCUUCUUUUGGCCAGCAAUCUCAAAGGGAGAUAUGCCCAGCAGGAAAUGGAGCUAGGCAUUGAAAUCUCAAGCUCAGAAAACGACUUCCCAAUGAGGACUGCAACUUCAUCUGGCUUUCCCUUGCACACUGAUGACACUUUUGUAACAGCUCAUACUAUGGAAUCCAUCCCAACAUCGCCAGAUGAAGCAAGUAGGCAGAGUGCUGAUGUGGCUGAAGAAGCAGCUAUUGAGGAGCCAGCGAUGGAGGGUCGCAUUGGGAAGCUUGCAGUACCUGGACUCCCUGCACUCACCCACUGUGACUUUGUGGGCAAGGGUGUUGGAGCAGGCAAUGACAACAUGAAAACAGUUGAGGAAAGAACCACCUCGCCAGUGGGCAUGCCAUCUGCAGCUGGUAGUAAGGCAUCGAAGAAGCCCCUGUUGCUCAGCAUGUGGCACAAGAUGCAUAAACGUCUGAAACCAAGUCGGCAUGGUGGCCAGAAGCUGAACAAGCAGCAGCACAACCCACCAGACCUGUUCCCAGUGCCUGUUGGCCCUUCCAGGAGUGCAUCUGGGGUUGCAUUGGAAGGCGACUCUCCAUCUGCUUUCCAGGAGCAUAUAAAUGUGAGCCCAUCUGCCUGCAGGGCAGCCCUCAGCCCGCCUUCCCCUGUGCCAGAGAAUGAGCCAACUUCGAAGGCCCCUAUGUUGCCUAGCGAGGUGGUCAAGGUGCAGAGGAAGCGCUUCACUAGGGAAGACAGUGCGAAGUCGGAGGGUGGUGACAGGCAGUUGCGCAGCCUGAAAUCAAUGUUUGGCAGCCUUAGGAAAGCUUUCUCCAAGAGCUCCAAACAGCUGAUGCAAGAGGAGGCAGGGGCUUGA